GGCUGAGGACGGACGGCGGAAGGGGCGGGGCCAGCGCUCGUGGCGCGGCUGGGAGCGGGGCCGCGGGGCCGUAGAGUGACAAUUGCUUGGUUAAAUAAGAUCUCCUAAAGAUAAUGUUCUUGAAUCUCCAAAGAUGACAGCUGUUGCAGAGCUAGAGGAGAUGCUAGUGUCAAUUGAGAAUGAGCUGCAAGCAGUGGAGAUGCAGAUACAGGAACUUAUGAAUAAGCAGCAGGAGCUCCUUCAAAAGAAGAUGAGAGUAAAGGAUCUGAUAAAACAGUCCUCAGGAGACUUGGAGGCAGGUGGAAGUAAAGACACUGAAGCCUCAGCUGAGGAAUGGAACAAAAUAGAUUUUCCGUGGUAUGAGAAGCUAAAAACUGCGCUGCAGAGCAAAUUUAAACUCUAUAAGUUUAGAUCACUGCAACUUGAGACAGUAAAUGCUGCAAUGGCAGGAAAGGAUAUAUUUCUUGUCAUGCCUACAGGUGGUGGGAAGAGCCUUUGUUACCAGUUACCAGCUGUCUGUUCUGAUGGUUUCACACUGGUGAUAUGUCCUUUGAUAUCUCUCAUGGAAGAUCAGCUCAUGGUUUUGGAACAGCUUGGUAUCUCUGCAACCUUAUUAAAUGCCUCAAGCAGCAAGGAACAUGUGAAGUGGGUCCACAUGGAAAUGCUGAAGAGGAAUUCACAACUGAAGCUCAUUUAUGUGACCCCUGAGAAGAUUGCAAAGAGCAAAAUGUUCAUGUCCAAGCUGGAGAAAGCUUAUCAGGCUGGGUGCCUGACUCGCAUUGCUGUGGAUGAGGUGCAUUGCUGCAGUCAGUGGGGCCACGACUUCAGGCCUGACUACAAGUCUCUUGGUAUCCUGAAAAGACAGUUUCCCAAUAUUCCCUUGAUUGGAUUGACAGCAACAGCUACCAAUCAUGUUUUAAAGGAUGCUCAAAAGAUUUUACAUGUUCAGAAGUGCAUUACCUUUACUGCUUCCUUCAAUCGACCCAACCUUUACUAUGAGGUUCGGCAUAAGCCUUCAAAUAACGAAGAUUUCAUUGAGGAUAUAGUUAAGACCAUUAAUGGAAGAUACAAAGGACUGUCAGGAAUUGUUUACUGCUUUUCUCAGAAGGAUUCUGAGCAAGUUACUGUGAAUUUGCAGAAACUGGGAAUCAAGGCAGGGACUUACCAUGCAAACAUGGAUGCUAAAUAUAAAGCCAAAGUUCAUAAAGGAUGGGCAACAAAUCAAAUUCAGGUUAUAGUGGCAACUGUUGCUUUUGGCAUGGGAAUUGAUAAACCUGAUGUGAGGUUUGUAAUUCAUCACUCUAUGAGCAAGUCCAUGGAAAACUACUACCAAGAGAGUGGACGUGCAGGUAGAGAUGACCAAAAAGCUGACUGCAUUUUGUAUUAUGGGUUUGGAGAUAUAUUCAGAAUCAGCUCUAUGGUGGUGAUGGAAAAUGUUGGCCAAGAGAAACUGUAUGAUAUGGUAUCUUAUUGCCAAAAUAUGAACAAGUGUCGCCGAGUACUCAUAGCCCACCACUUCGAUGAAGUGUGGGAUUCUGCAAACUGCAAUAGAAUGUGUGAUAACUGCUGUAGAGAGAAAGCAUGUGAGAAGAUGGAUAUAACAGGAUACUGUAGGGAUCUAAUAAAGAUCAUUGAGCAAGCUGGCAGCAUGAAUGAGAAACUCACCCCACUGAAAUUAAUCGACGCCUGGUCUGGGAAAGGUGUGUCCAAAUUCAGGGUGCCUGAAGUUACUCCACCCAAGCACCCCCGAAAGGAGAUGGAGAGAAUUAUUGCCCAUUUACUGCUGCAGCAGUAUCUGAUGGAGGAUUUCAGCUUCACAGCCUUUGCUACAAUAUCCUACCUGAAGGUGGGACCAAAAGCCUGGCUGCUGAAAAACGAGGGACACGUCAUCACCAUAGAAGGGAUAACAAACAGGAAAAGUGUUUUCAAGGCCAAACCAUCUCAAUCUUCAGAUUCAAAAGGAAGCAGAGAAAAUGCCCAGAAUGGAUCAAAGACUGUCCAAGAUUCAGUGAUGAAGAAAUCACAGGAACAUAAACGGCCCAGCUGUGGUCCUAACUUAAAAGCAAAAAAGCCUAAGCUUCAGGCAGGUGGAAAUGACCAACCAGUAGUUAUUGACUGAGUGUCUCAGACUACAUUUAGGAUCUAGUCACAGUUCUGCUGCAUGGACAAUGCAGUAUGUAAAUUCAGUUUGUGCUUUAGUAAUGGUAUUUUUAUUUAAUAAACACUGAACAGGGAACAAAUAUUCUUUAAAAACUGUCAAAUCUAGAAGCUAGUAGUGAAGGAAAAAAUGUUUUCUAUCAAAAUAAUUGGUGCAUAUCUUAGGGUACAGCAAUGAUUACAAAACCUAUAUAAUGACCAUGCUGCCUUUUUAACUCUUUUGGAAGUGUGGUAUAUAGUAACACUGUGGCAGGUUCAUGCAGUCGUGAAAGGACUGCCAGAGAUCCAGAGAUUUCCAGACUUCCUUCCAGUGGGAGUCUCCACCCACCCACCUGUGAGAGUCCUCUUGAGGUUUCUCUCCUUUGCAGCACAGGACUUAGCGGUCCUUAGCUCUGCCUGAAGACCCUGCUGCCUGCUGUGUAGGUGACUCUCCUCUUCACCAGUGACUUCACUGCAGCCAGGGCACAGCUUCCCCAGGGCACCUGCUGUCACCAGCCCCAGGGAGUGACAUCACACAGCCAGAGACUGGGAUACUCCAGCAUCCUUCCUCUAGAGGCUGGGUCAAAGCUGCUGCUUUGGCAGGGCAAAAGCCUACAUGGGCAUUGCCAUCUCUGCAGUUCUGAACAGGGACAUAUGUCCUACACCCACUGUGGCAUAUUUGAGUGAAACACUUUAUGUAUUAUGUGUUUUUAUCCCUGAAAUAUGUCUGUUGCUCUUAAAAUUCGACUUCUCUAGGUUGUUAUUCAAAUAGACAUUUAUGACUUCUGUGCUUUGGAGAAGUACCUAAAUUUAAGUUUACAAACAAGACAACCUACCAGCCGAGGAAAGACUCAACAGCUACUGCUGUCUGAAAGCAUUCUCAGGCACAUAUGCUGAGUGCUAGAUUAAAUUUUAUUUUCUUAGUUUUAACAAUUUAGCAGCAAAAGAUCAAAAACCCUAAUAAACUCAGGUUCUGGGUGGUUGCAUUUUGGUUCUUCUCCCUUACACUUAUAUGUAUAACAAAUACAAAACUAAUAUAAUUAAGAACAUGCUCAUCUUUAUUUUUCUGACAAAUAAAAAUUAUGACAGUGACUAAA